UAAUGCUGAAAGGCCUAAAGAAGUUAGAAAGAAACUUUUUCCUAAGAAAUUUUCACAGGAUAUUUCUUUUUGUCAUAAGAAGCUUAAUAAAGAUCAGAUUCAAGAAUUUAAUACUGCAAUACAAGCGACAGCUAUCUAG